AUGGACGCCCUGUUCGACACGAUCGACGUCCGCGACCUCCUCUCCGCCGGCGACCUGAGCGACCCGACGUCCCCGCUCUCCGCCCCGGACCUCCGCCUCCUCAUCCAGAGGCUCGACGCCCACUCCCGCGGCAUCAAGUCGCAGGUCCAGUCCUACCUCCUCUCCCACCACGCCGACUUCUCCGCCCUCUUCUCCCUCUGCGCCGACGCCGUCUCCCGGGCCGACGGGGUCGCCGCCGACCUGGACGGCGUCCUGCGGCUGGUCUCCGACGGCCCCGUCGACGCCCAGAUUCGCGAGGCCGUGUCCGAGAUCGAGGUCAAGACGCGGGAGGCGAGGCUGAAGAGGGAGCUGCUGGAGCUGGUGAGGGCCGUCUCGGGGUUGAGCGAGAGGUUCGGAGGGGCAAGGGAGGCGCUGAGGGGCGGGCGGAUCAGGUUCGCCGCGGAAGAGAUUCGGAAGCUGAAGUCGGCGGCUAGAGUUUGUGAUGCGGAGGAAAAGGGUGCGGGGAGAGAGCCUGUGGUGUAUGGGCUGUUGAAGGCUCAGUGGCACGAGUGUUUUGAGGAGAUACAAGAGCUUUUCUCGAGGUUCGUGGAUAAUGCAGUCGUAUUCGAGCAGCAGUCUCGCAGAAUUCGGGUGAAAUACCUGCUUAGUGUCGAAGGAAUUGCUGGGGUGGAUUUCCAAGAAGUUUUGGAGUCAAUGGAGGUGGUCGGCCUUUUAGAUUAUGGACUUGCUAGAGUAGCUGAUUUGAUGAUCAAGUAUGUUAUCACACCGGUCAUUAAUUCUGGCUCGGCAAUUGAUUUUGUAGAAGAACUGAAACAAGAGUCGGGAAAAAUGACUGAGGCGUUUUUGAAGAUGGUGCAGUCUCCGGAUCGGAAGAUUGGAACUGUGGAUAGCGAGAUGAUCUUUUCCAAGAUUAUUGAGGUUGUUACGUUUAUUUGUGAACGGAUAUGCUUCAAAAAUGAUUCAUGGAUUCAAUCUUUUGGAAGAUUGACAUGGCCAAGGAUGUCAGAGCUGAUAAUAAUUAACAUCAUCUCCAAGGUUGUUCCAGAAGAUGCUUCUGAACUUGCCAAUUUUCAGAAGAUCAUUGAACUGGCAACUGGAUUAGAGACAGCCUUGAAGGACUUACGACUUAUUUCAUCCUCUGAUAAAAAGGAUGAAAGAUUGAGCAAUUUCACUCAAAAUAUUGAGCUUCACUUUGCAUCAAGGAAGAAAAAGGAAAUCUUAGGAAGGACCAGAAAGCUGCUUCUAAAUUGUGAUUUUGCUGUUCCACAAGAAUAUACUCGGAAACGUCAUUCGCCAAAAGAUGCUGAAAUCACUGAGGAUCCUUCUGAUCAUGCUGUUGACUUACUUUUUCUGUCAGAGAAAUGUUUGGUUUCUGAAGCUGCUUCUGGAUUGAUGAAGAUGGUGCAUGAUACUCUGAGAGAUGUUUGCUCAUCGUCCACUAGAGUUGCAUUGGAACUGUACCAUGCUGCAAGGGAUGCUAUUCUUCUUUACGAGGCUAUUAUUCCUGUCAGGCAAGAAAGGCAUCUUGAUGGCAUCAACCAGGUUGCUGUUCUCAUGCACAAUGACUUCCUUUAUCUUGCUCAGGAAGUACUCGGCCUCGCAUUCCAGUACCGGCCUGACUUCCCAAAUUCCAUCAAGGAGCAUGCUGUUUUUGUUCAUUUGGCACCAAGAUUACAUUUGAAGGCAGAAGAAAUGUUGCAAAGACAAAUUCAACUUGUAAUUUUCAAUUUAAAAGAGGCCUUAGACAGUGCAGAUGGAUUCCAGAAUACCCAUCAAAUGCAGCAGUUUGAAUCUGCUAAAUUCAGUAUAGACCAGGUGGUUUUCAUUCUAGAAAAAGUACACAUCAUAUGGGAGCCCCUUUUGCUGCCUUCAAUCUAUCAUAAGAGCAUGUGUCUCGUCCUGGAAUCAGUUUUUUCCAGGGUCGCUCGGGACAUACUGUUUUUGGAUGACAUGGCGGCAGAAGAAACAUUACAGCUCCAGAGGCUUAUAUACCUGAUGCUGGAAAGUCUGUCUGAUUUAUUCCACUCCCUGAAUGCCAUAGACCAAGAGGGAAAGUCACAAGAUUCCUCUUUACGCUCCCUUGAUGAUUUUAUGCCAUCUCUCCGUAAACUUCGUAAACUGGCAGAGAUGUUGGAUAUGCCUUUGAGAUCCAUUACAGCAGCUUGGGAAGGUGGUGAAUUGGUCACUUGUUGUUUCACAUUGCCUGAGAUCAAGGAUUUCAUCAAAGCUAUAUUUACCGAUUCACCUCUAAGAAAAGAAUGCCUACGGAGGAUCGAAAAUUCCAGCUUCUAAAAUUUGUUAAAUGAUCGCAUCCAUCUGUUUUGAAGAUCCAACAACUGAAAGAAAGGAAUGAGCAGUCUUCUUUUCGGCUACAGGUUCAUCUUUAGCAACUUACUUAACAGCGUUCCUUCCUGGUAGAAGCUAAUCCAGGAUUAACUUGUGGUGUAAAUUUUCUUCUUUCGUUCUUUCUUUCUUUCUUUUGGCUAGAUUUUCUUUUUUCGACAUUCUCUUGAGGGAGUUCGAGGGAAGAAAAAGGCAUACUUCUCGAGUCUGGAGGGAUUUUUCUAGGGCCACUCCGUUGUAAAUUAUUAUAUAUAUGGGCCCAACUUUCCGAGUUGUUGAUAGAGGAUCGAUCAAUGUUUAUCUAGGAUUUUGAGAUCCAUCUCAUCAGUGGAUUCUGUUGAUCAACAAUUUUUGGAUGUAUUUAUUUAAUGUAAUCUUAUGACAUCUACAGGCAUUGUCCACCAA